GAUCUCCUUGACAUGUUUACAAGAUUGUUUUGGGUUUUGUUUGUUUUUUUUUUUACUUGUUCUUCAUUGUCGUGUUUUGUUUUCUGGGUGAACAUGUUAGAUUUGUGAAGUUAUUUUCUUCUGUUUUCAUUUUUCAUUCUUUUCUUGAUUCUUCGAUCGUGUUGGUGCUUUGGCGUCUUGCUCAUUUUCUUUUAGCUCCUUUAUUCUUUCUGUCUUUCUUAUGAAUCUCCUUCUUUUCAUCCCUGUUCUUGGAGGAAUCGAAUGAUGAUUAUCCAGACAGGUGGUUAUGGGCCAAUAUGUAGCAAGUAUGGGCUGGACAAUUUGGACAUCCUAGAUAGGAGAUUACUAUAGAUUUGCAUCUCAGGCUUCCUCUUCUCUGCAACAAGUAUUCGAACCAUCUACUUACAGCGAUGAUGAAUACCCAGAUGUCGACUGGGAUAAUCUUGGCUUUUGCAUGAUGCGUACUGAUUACAUGUACAUGACGAAAUGCAAUAAAGGAGAGUGUUUUGAACAAGGACAGCUUAGUCGAUAUGGAAACAUUGAGCUGAGCCCUGCUGCUGGAGUUCUAAAUUAUGGCCAGGGACUGUUUGAAGGCACAAAAGCAUACAGAAGUGAAGAUGGACGCCUUCUUCUCUUCCGUCCAGAACAGAAUGCAAUCCGCAUGAAAAUGGGGGCUGAAAGAAUGUGCAUGCCAUCACCCUCCAUUGAUCAAUUUGUCGAUGCUGUGAAGCAAACUGCCAUAGCCAACAAGCGUUGGGUUCCUCCUGCAGGGAAAGGGUCUCUGUAUUUAAGGCCUCUGCUCAUGGGAAGUGGUCAAAUAUUGGGUUUGGGUGCAGCACCUGAAUACAUAUUCCUCAUCUAUGUUUCCCCUGUUGGAAACUAUUUCAAGGAGGGUUUUGCACCCUUGAACUUGUAUGUUGAGGAAGAGUUUGAUCGUGCCUCUCGUGGCGGAACCGGAGGGGUCAAAUCGGUCACCAACUAUGCCCCAGGUCUGAAAGCUUUGACUAGAGCAAAAAGCAGAGGAUUUUCUGAUGUCCUAUACCUGGACUCUGUGAAUAAGAAGUUCAUUGAGGAGGUGUCAUCUUGUAACAUUUUCAUUCUCAAGGGCAAUGUUAUUUCUAGUCCUGCAGCAAAUGGGACCAUUCUUGAAGGAGUUACCCGUAAAAGCAUCAUUGACAUUGCCCGUGAGCAUGGUUACCAGGUUGAGGAGCGUGUUAUUACCAUUGAUGAACUGAUUGAUGCUGAUGAAGUUUUCUGCACUGGAACUGCUGUUGGCGUUGCUCCUGUAGGGAGCGUUACAUACCAGGGUCAAAGGUUUGAGUUUAAAACAGGCCCUCACACUGUGUCACAGGAACUGUACACAACCCUUGAAGGGAUAAAAAGGGGUCUGAUUAAAGAUAACAAAGGCUGGAUAGUAGAGAUAGAUUAGA